UCUUUGUUGUUAUUAUCCCACUAAUUCUCUGAGUUGCUGUUGUCUUUUCAGAUCCAUUGCAGAAAGAUGACAUCACCAGAAAAGACUUGGAGAAAUGUAAGAAGGAACACAACCACCGUUUCCAACAUGGUGCCAGCGGAGUGCUUUGAAGCCCGAGGUGGUGAUGGAACCGCAGCCCACUGGCCCCCGGAGGAACAGAAGCUUCUGGAGGAGGCCCUCAAGACGUAUCCGGUCAUCACACUACAACACUGGGACAAAAUCCCCGCACGAAACAAGAAAAACUGCAUGCAGCGCCAUGAGGAAGUGGUGGAGAAGAUUGAAGCCAAGAAAGCUGCACAAGAGCAAAAAAUGACAACGCAGAGAGAAUUCAGAGUAUCGUGACUUUUAAUGUGUUGUGUUGAACUUUUUUUUAAUAAAGAAAAACAGGUGUUUUAUGUUGUCAUUUAUACGUUUGAGUGUGAUGCUGGGCCGGCUCCAUGGUCGACUGGU